GAUGAGCGAUGAAGAGAUGCAGUGCUCUGUAUAAUACCCUCGACUCAGUUGUUCUGACUUAUUUUCAAAGCACUCUAUCAAAAGAAAGGAAAGUACACUUUUACACUGUUUUACAUUGACGCCAGCAGAACAUUUAGUGACGCUUGGAACUAUGAGUGAGAACAGUUCUUCUGAUCCUCCCAACAGCACCCAGGGCUCCACCACCAAUGAAAAAGCCCCUCAGGAGAAAGCGACGGACAACGCGGGAAAGCCUCCCACGCAAGCACCUGAAGAAGAGAUCGACAUCGAUCUGGAGGCCCCGGAGACGGAGAAAGCAGCGCUGGCAAUACAGAAUCAGUUCAGACGCUUCCAGAAGAAAAAGAAGUAAAGGAUGAAAAAGAGUUUGGAGUGUGGAGGACCAAAACGGCUUCCACAACGUUCUGUACGGAAAGAGAGUUAAUAGGGCGGAGACAGAGGAGAGGGGAAAGUCAAGCGUGGGUGGGAAAUUAGGGGGCUUGAAAACAAAUGAAAGCCCUUUGGUAUCAACAUGCUGGGCUGAUUAGAGUUUAGGAGAUAAGAAUAGAGAAGACAGGAUUUUCACUUUAAUACACAUCUUUUAUCUUCGGUUCUCUUUGUAUUCAUCUCUCUGCUCUCCUCUCCUCCUCAUAGACAUUAAUAGGAAUGUUGGGUUUUUGGUCUUGUGCAAUGCGUCCAUCAAGUAUAUUUUAAUAGCAAAUGUUAUAAGUGAUGUAAACGUAACA